GACGCGGACGGGAAAACCCCGUACAGUCUGGCCGUCAGUCUGAGAAAAAAGCAACUGUGUACCGUGUUUCGACGUUUCCGUUUCUUCCAUCCGGAUCGGUAUGAUUACGACAAGGCACAGCUCAUCUCAAAUCUCGUAUCCGNUUUUGCUGUUCCUGCUGCUGCUGCUCUUGGUGGUGGUGGCGGUGAAAACAGCAGUGUGUUAGCAUCGGUGUACAGUGAAACACAGUUACUCGUUGUUUCCAAUGUGGAUGUGACAUCAGCGGCAAGGUUCCGUUCACCUAUAUGGAAUACAACUUCUGCACUCCCGCUUGCCUCAAAACCCACAGACUGA